AUGGCUGACCCUUUGAGCAUGGCAGCAAGUAUUGUGGGGGUUGUUGGACCUGCUCUACAUAGUAUUCGCCUUCUUGCGAGAGACCUGGAGCAAAUUAAGGAUGCCCCAAAGAGCAUUGCAGCACUAAGAGAGCGCAUAAACUCAGUAGCACGAGCUCUUGUCACUCUUGAGAAAAUUGAUGAUCAAGAGUGGGAAGCUCUGGGAGUUUCGGAUGAUGCGAAAUCGACCAUCGAGAAGUGCGGCGACUCAUGCAAAGCAUUCAGUGAAGAAAUCAAACGCUGGACCCGCCACUCUCAAGGCAAUUCUCUCACCCUGUUAGACCGAUCUAAGAUUGGGUUCUGGAAACAACACCAGAUCACAUCUAUGGAGAAAGAGCUUCAGUAUUGCCAAAGCACUAUCACCCAGGUUGUCAGUAUAGCAACACUCUCUCUCCGGAAUAACGGUCUGUCUCAACCUAUCAGAGACGAGAAAGAGCGUCAAGUAACAUCAUCCAUCCAAGUAACAACUGCGGAAGUGGCAGAGCUUGCGGUCCGAAAAAAGGAAAUUCGGAUGAGAGGAGCUGCCGUUGACGAUGAUGACAAGGAUGAGCUCGCUGAGUAUGAGUUCGCAUCUUCGCAGGUCUCCCAGGAGCAAAAGUCAUUGGCAAAGUCACAAAAACUGCUUGAAGUAUUAUUGGCAAAGAUACAGGAGCCCAACAUAUCACAGCUUGCCACUAAGAUGCAUCAAGAUCAGUCAGUUCACGUGACCUUUGGAGGAAAUAACCAUGGUAUACAGAUGGGAGUAAACAAUGCUCCCAUGAACAAUCUCACUUUUGGGGCGGGUGCAAACCAUUACUACCAUUGA